AUGGAGAAGAAAGAGAGCAAUAUGCAUAAACUGCCAGCAUUUAUGACUUUCUUUCAGGAUGAUGACUCUGAUCAUAACAAUGAAGAAGAUCUUCCACCAGAAGAAACUCUCAAAUUCAUCCUUAACAAUCAAAGAAGCUGGAUCUUGCCCUCAAGACAAAACAUUUACAAAUAUAUCCACAAAUGUGAUGGCAGUCAAAAAGAAGAAAGAUUAUCAGCUGUAGAGAAAGCUGUAUUAUGCUAUGGUUUAUCACAAAUAAUUGAUUUGUCAGCUCAUAUGAAACAAUGGUUUUCUCUCAAAGAUAGAAGAUUUAUGAUGAAGGAUUACAUGUCUUUAUUACAAGUUCCCUGCCUGAAUGACAAAGAAACUUCCUUUGUCACAACUAUCAAAAAUGUACACAAAUAUACAUGUUGA